GCGUGGAUCGACGACAUUUUGUAAACACGGAUCUGUUCACUGGUGGUGAGGUUGAGGACGCUGGUCUAGCCCGAGAUCAAGGAACUAGGAAGCUGCUGUGCCAGCUGCUCUGAGGCAGCUCUGAGGCGGGUCUAAGGCUUGGCGUGGGCGCCAUCCAGCCUGACUCUGUUGCGGGGCCGGGACGGGGGCUGCAGUGCCCGGGCCCCACCUUCGCACACAGACUCCCUUGGUGGCAGCAGCGCUGAUGGGUCCGAUUCAGGGCCUUGUGGUCUUUGAGGACGUGGUCAUAUAUUUCUCCCAGGAGGAGUGGGGACUCCUUGAUGAGGCUCAGAGGCUCCUGUACCGUCAUGUGAUGCUACAGAACAUUGCACCUUCGUCUUCCAUAGGUUGUCGGCACAGUGCCCAGGAUGAGGAGGCCCUUUCAGAGCAAGGUGAUGUUGUUAGAGAGUCACAGGUCAAGACUCCAAAGCUAGAUCCAUCCAUCCAGAAGUCUCAUUCUUGUGAGAUAUGUGGCCCACUCUUGAAACACAUUUUGCACCUGGCUGAGCACGAUGGGACACCCCGAGCAAGAGGUGUACACGUGUGUGUCAAGUCUUUCCCAGCACCAAAAGGAGCUGAGUCGAGGGCUUCCCUGGUGGCGCAGUGGUUGAGAGUCCGCCUGCCGAUGCAGGGGACACGGGUUCGUGCCCUGGUCCGGUAAGAUCCCACAUGCCGCGGAGCGGCUGGGCCCGUGAGCCAUGGCCGCUUAGCCUGCGCAUCCGGAGCCUAUGCUCCGCAACGGGAGAGGCCACAAC